AUGAACUACUCGAAGCGGAGUCCUUGCCGACUGGCAUCUCCUUUGUGGGUAUCAUUUGACCCACUUGACUAUCAACCAAGGCACACGAAUCCUCUCUUCGACAGAACUUCUGGCACCUUUUUGGAAGGAGUCGCUCCCAACUGGUCGUUUUGCUCGUUGGAUUACUUCGUGUUCCUUCUUGCCCGUAUCAACGCGCCUGGUGUACGACAUCUAUUAGGGGACUCCGUGACACGAAACAUUGGUACUCUUGCAAGAAGGCGAGCAGUCAGAGAAUCCCUUCUCCUUCUCGCCAUUCUCCAGCAAGAUCUCUUUGGAUCUGAGACUGGCUUGGUCUUGGGCUUUAGCAAUGAUGCUUCUCUGCCCUUCGUCAUUGACCCAAUUCCACUAUUCUGGGCCACCUGUCAAAAGGUUCGAACCAAAGAGACCGCGACGGAUUGGAUCUGCGAAGGCUAA